GUGUUAGUGAAGAGAACAAUCACAUAGGGAAUCGACGAUCGAUAUAGAGCUUGUUACUAAAAUGGAAUGCUUUUCUGUGACAAGAAUGAUAGUUUUGAUGAUGUUUUUUUUCCGCGCUUCUGCGCGCGCGCUAUGAUCUUCAGCUUCGCUGUAAGAGUGCAAACCCAAGACAAACAAUGCUGAAUGAAAGCGGCAAUUAGUUCCAAAUUGACUAAGUUUUGCAUUUGCAGUACGGCACUAGUUGCUGUCGUUGUUGAAAAAUCGUCCAACUUCACAGGGCUUUUGUAUAGAUGUUGACGUAUAAAUGACUCAUGUCUUUGAUUAUAUCUAUAGAUAUUUAGAAUUGAUGAUAUUUGUUCCGAAGAGUAUUUCGCAUUGCAGUAUUAAAUGCGAGUGGUCGUUUGAACCACUACCGCUCUAGGAAGCUUGUCAUGUCUUUAGCUGGUAUCUUUAAGAAAACUAUUUUCGCUACGUUUUCUGUUUCCAAUUUUUUUUAAACAAUUUUUACUCUUUCUGUUACAAUUUAUAGCUACUGUAUAGUUUAUGGCUAAUAUUGUCUUGAUGAAUAGAAGGGACCUGAAUUUUAGCACUUUAUCUUCUCAUUACUUUUGCCGAUGACCGACACAUAUGACCGAGUAACUUUUCUUUGCAUUCCCUUGUGUGGAAACAAAACGGACGGGUCCCAACUGGUGCAUAGAGUACGAUAUAGAGUAAGACAUAUCUGUUUGUGUCUAUCAAGCGGCCAUUGAUUUGAAGUCUUGCAUCCUUUACCAAAUAUUUAGUCCUAAGUUUUGUCUCCGUAAAUUUUCAGUAACAUUUCGUUGAUCUGAAAAAUUGUUUGACUUAUUUUGGAGUGUUUGUUGUCAAAAGACUAAGCACGAAUCCAGCCUUGCAAGGAUUUGGGAUUAUUUACCCUUGAAUGAUUCUGUGCCCUCGGAAGUCGAUUUUGACGAAUUCCCAUUUGUCUAGCUGAGUUUUCAGAUUAGCUUUUUCAGCUUUCAAUAGAAAAAUGUUGCCGAUACCUUUGAUACCUCGCUUUGGAAGGGAGUUGUGAAUGUUGUACAAGGUACAUAUGAUUUCCAUCGUCAUCAGAUGGAAAGGCAUUGUUACGAAUUGAUAUAUCUCAAUUGUGGCGAAACAUGGUUUCCUGGAUUUCGGUUUAAUAGCUAAGCUAAAUUAAUUGUAGUGAAUAAUUUCUUGAUUGUUCAGUCAAUCAAACACCAGUCUGUCCUUUUUUUUCGUUUACGUCUGCCUGCUUCUUAACUAUCCGUAUUGGACCAGAGUACGUUAACUUGCUAUGUCAAGUUACUUCGUUAUGCAAUAUGUCUUAUAUUUGGUAAAGGUAUGAAUUUGUGAAAAUAGGCACAACGUCUGUUGUUUUUACGUCGUAUUUGACGGCAUUUGUGUGUAUGAAUGUUAUUGGUGGUGGUGAGCUAGCUAGCUUGCUAGAAUAUUUUGUGUUCUUUUUUUUAUCAUUUCUAGAAUCUCUGCCUUUUCGUAUGUCGCAUGUCGUUCGAUAAGCAAUACGAAGUUUCUCGUAGUGAUCACAAUCAUGCUUGCUUCUGUAGCACGUAUGUUAUUGAUGCUGAGGGAAAGUUACGUGCCAUGGCUUUUCUUGUCAUACACUGAUCGUUAAUGAUUAAUUUAUUUUUCGGAUAAUUUUUUACGAAUCCGUAUUUUUUAAGGACUCGCUUCCUAGACAUAAAAAAGUUGUGAAAUGUGCAGUCUACUAACUCUAACUCUGCAAUCCCACAUUUUAGAACAUCGAGAUACUCGAUAGGCGGUUGCUAUUCUGAUCUUAUUUGGAAGUUUCUUAAGGUUCAAGGAUUACGAAUUGAUUUUCCACAGGUCCAGUGUUAUGUGUUUGUUCAAAAUGCGAUGGGUCAGUAAUUUUUGCAAUGAAGAUAUGAAUUACUAGUGAGCUGUUGGCUGGUAGGUUAUAAGAAGUUGCGCUAAUUCAGGUUUACCGAAUUGGCUGUUGUUACUAAUUCUACCGAAAUUUUCUUGGCUGUUAUUACUGUGAAUGUUUCGGCUACAAUUGCUAGUGUUGUUGUUUUUUGUUUUGCUCUGAAAACUGAAGCACUCUGCGAAAAUAAUGAAAAAUUUUGGAAUUGAUAUAUUUUCGCCUUCCCGUAGCAUUGCUAACACUUUGGAUAAAUGGGAGUUACCUAAGGAAAAUGUGGUAAUCAAUCGACGUUUGGGUGAAGGUGCUUUUGGAACCGUCUACGGUGGUGAAGCGUUAAUUAAUUCUGAAAACUGGACAGCUGUGGCGGUGAAAACCUUAAAGGUUGGCGCUUCUACUGAAGAUCGCUUAGAUUUUCUCUCCGAGGCUGAAGCCAUGAAACGUUUUAAUCACAAAAAUAUUGUAAAACUUUUGGGAGUUUGCUUGCAAUCAGAGCCUAUUUACACUAUAAUGGAAUAUAUGCUGUAUGGUGAUUUAAAAACAUAUUUGCUUGCCCGUCGGCAUUUGGUAAGCGAAACUAUUUCUGAUGAUUCGGAUAUAUCUAGCAAACGUCUUACAAUGUUUGCAUUAAAUAUUUCGCAUGGCUUGGAUUAUUUGGCUCAACAGAAAUACGUACACCGUGAUAUAGCUUGCCGUAACUGUUUGGUAAAUGCAAAACGAGUUGUCAAAAUCGGUGAUUUCGGCAUGGUUCGUCCGACUUACGAAAGUGAUUAUUAUCGUUUUAAUCAUAAAGGUAUGUUACCUGUACGCUGGAUGGCACCUGAAUCUUUGGCAUUGGGCAUGUUUACACCAUUUUCUGAUGUUUGGGGUUUUGGAGUAGUACUCUUUGAAAUCAUAACUUUUGGCUCCUUUCCAUAUCAGGGUUUAACGAAUGGUGAAGUUUUGCAGUUUGUAAAAAAUGGUAAGACCCUGAGAAUGCCAGCUGACGCGAAGCCACAAUUAAAGGGCCUUAUAAGAGCCUGUUGGAAUCGUAAUCCCAAAAAAAGACCAGCGGCAUCUGAAAUUGUUAAAUAUAUAACCAAUUACCCUCGCCUGCUAACACCUUGUCUGGAUUUCCCCAGUGCUUGCAUAGAAAUGGCGGACGCGGGAAGUGACCAGCUCGAAUUUCUGCCCAACUCUCUUCAGUUUUCUUCACAAGGAAGUUACUCAAGCCUCGAUAUAGCAGAGCAAGCUACAAGAGCUGAAAAGAUAAAGGACAGCGGUUUUGUUGAUGACGAUAAUUUGCCAGAAAUUAUUAGCGAUUCUUCUAAUGAUCCGAGUUCGUAUUCGCCCACGACAGUGGAUGGAUAUAGCGUCAUGUCGCCUUUGCUUGUGCCUCAUGUCAGCUGCGGUAUAAGUGAAGCGCACACUUAAAUAUUAAAAAAAUCACUUUAAAAUACGCAGUAACGGCUUCGUAGCUGCGAGAACGGAGAGCGCCCGACGCACGUUUAGUGGCAUUUAGGUGCAUUUAAUUAGUGGCAACAAAUUUUGAAAGAUUCAGUUCCUAUAGAUGAUGUUAGUCUAAGCACUUGGUUUUAAUUUCAGUUUGUAUUUAAAUUUGUAAUGAAAUGUACAUACGAUCUACUCGCAUUCGAGUCUGGUGCAAUCAUAAUGACAAUUUUGUCAAUGACAAUGAUUGAAAAGCAAGCGGAAAGCUUUAUUUUUUCCUCGCGAGACAAAUGUUGCAUAUUCAUGAUAUAUUUUUUAUUGACCUCAACGAUCGAGGCGAUCGGAACUGCUCUCAAUUCUAAUAGAUAAUCACGUAAAAGAUAUUCCACUCAAAAUUCAUAUCAGGCAAAAUCGCCAAUGUAUAGUUAAAAUUUUCAAUGCAAAUUUUCGAAGCUUUUGCAAUUACUUAUCGUAGAAGUGAUUGAGACCGAGCCAUAUUAUAAUUUUUCCCUGCGGAAUAUAGCCAAUGGCACAUUUGUUCAUUUCCCACUGGUACUGCAAAAUCCUUGUAUUUUCAUAGCCUAAUUAAAGCAAACAUGAUGGAGUUCAGUUUGGUUUUCCGGAUUGUUUCGAGUUUUUGCUUUAUAAAAAUGGCGCUGUUUUGGGAUAAAAUUGUAGAAAAGUACUUAAGCGACACUGAGUGUUUCCAAGCUAGAUCUUGAACUAUUGUAAUGAUUUUCGAUAUUGAAGAACACCAAAUCCUCGCAAGCUUUAUAGAAAAAAAAGUUCAUAACCCGAGUGUUUGUAAUGACUAUAAAAAAUCGACUUCAAUGUCAAUCCAAAACUUUCAAAACUGCAUGAUUGUAUUCACUUGGGUUGUCUGGAUAAAGUAAUAUUUUUAUGACGUUUGUGGCCUUGUGCAGAUUUAAAAUUUUGGAUUUGUUUUCAAGCUGCGCAGCCUUUUCUUACAAAUAUAUUUGGUUUGUGAAAGUUAUACUCUAAGCCCUUAAGCAAUAAAUUGCAUUUUACAUUUUUAUUUACUCCUUGCUUAAUUGUCUCGCCACGUUCUAUUUAUUGUAGGCCUUCAAUCUUCCAAUUUUUACAUUUCAUUUUUCUUUCAGUUUUGUAAUUAGGUUUGAUGAAACCAGAGUUUAAUUUUUAUAUUGACGAAGAUUUUCAAGAAUUGUUGAGUGUAUGGAUUUCGAAGCUUUCGAAUCUUAUUAGAGUGUAUUCAUGAAUAUUUAUUUUUUGUUUACAGAGGGUGUAGGAAAUCCAAUGGAAACAUUUUUGUAUAUUGCGGCUCCAGAAGAUACCUCUACUGCAUUGAUUUUUUCCAGGUUUUGUCACUCACUUCUUCUUCGAAAUUACAUACUUGACUUAUAUUUUUCUCUGUGUUUGCCUUAACAUAUGCUUAGCAGAUAAUACAAAUGUUUCGUAGUUGUUUGUUGUAAUGGAUUUAUUCCGUUAGUCGGGAAUCGAAUCUCGAUAGACCGUUUCUGGAAUAUUGUGGAAUUGGGAUAAUUACUGUAAUAUUAUUAUACUGAAGAACAACAGCUCUUCGAUGUUUCUGUAACCACUGAAGUGUGUGAUUAAGUCCGGCUUGGUCUUUGCUAGAAUGUCUGGCUUGAUUAUUGUUAGUUUGCUAGAGAAAAUCACUUCUCCAAGCAUAAAAUAAUGGUUAUUACAUCGUGUGUCCGACCGUACGCGUGAUGACUGACAGAUCUAAGCAGUUUUUUUAGGCGUUUCUUUAACAAGCAUAUGCUUUUAUACAAUGAAGGAUAUUGCAUACUUGGUUCUUACCAACGGCUCCGAAUUCAAAAGUAUCACUGUGCCGAUGAAUUAUCCCUUGGUGUUAGUGAAGAGAACAAUCACAUAGGGAAUCGACGAUCGAUAUAGAGCUUGUUACUAAAAUGGAAUGCUUUUCUGUGACAAGAAUGAUAGUUUUGAUGAUGUUUUUUUUCCGCGCUUCUGCGCGCGCGCUAUGAUCUUCAGCUUCGCUGUAAGAGUGCAAACCCAAGACAAACAAUGCUGAAUGAAAGCGGCAAUUAGUUCCAAAUUGACUAAGUUUUGCAUUUGCAGUACGGCACUAGUUGCUGUCGUUGUUGAAAAAUCGUCCAACUUCACAGGGCUUUUGUAUAGAUGUUGACGUAUAAAUGACUCAUGUCUUUGAUUAUAUCUAUAGAUAUUUAGAAUUGAUGAUAUUUGUUCCGAAGAGUAUUUCGCAUUGCAGUAUUAAAUGCGAGUGGUCGUUUGAACCACUACCGCUCUAGGAAGCUUGUCAUGUCUUUAGCUGGUAUCUUUAAGAAAACUAUUUUCGCUACGUUUUCUGUUUCCAAUUUUUUUUAAACAAUUUUUACUCUUUCUGUUA